UAUUCAUUUCAUAAUUGAUUUCAAAAUUGUAUUAAAAAAAAAACAAGCAAAGAGAGAGUUGGGAGAGGCGCUAUUAACUUUGCCGGCGAAUCGGCGGUGGUCACGAGAAUUGGUGGCAGAUGGAUUUUCAUUAAUGGGUUCUCAUUAAAUGAAAUAAUACUUGGAUCAGAUCAACCACUCUUCCUCCAUCCUAUUUAUUUAUUUACAAGAGACAACGAAGCAGAACCAAUACAGCUGGUGACGUUUUUAGCGACGGCCAUGACAGAGAGUAAAAGAACCGUUCUUGUUACCGGAGCCGGUGGAAGAACCGGACAACUUGUAUAUAAGAAGCUGAGGGAGAAUUCAGAGGAAUAUAUAGCAAGAGGGUUGGUGAGAAAUGAGGAGAGCAAGGGAAGUAUUGGGGGUGGGGAUGAUGUUUACAUUGGUGAUAUACGAAACCCCGAGAGCCUAGUUGCUGCUAUUCAGGGUAUAGAUGCUCUUAUAAUUCUUACAAGUGCUGUCCCAAAGAUGAAACCAGGUUUUGAUAUCACUAAAGGUGAAAGGCCGGAGUUCUACUUUGAAGAGGGGUCAUAUCCCGAACAAGUGGAUUGGAUUGGGCAGAAGAAUCAAAUAGAUGCAGCUAAGGCUGCUGGAGUGAAGCAUGUCGUGCUCGUUGGGUCAAUGGGAGGAACCAAUCCUAACCACGCACUGAACAGCUUAGGGAAUGGGAACAUAUUGGUAUGGAAGAGGAAGUCUGAACAAUAUUUAGCCGACUCUGGAAUCCCAUAUACCAUUAUUAGAGCUGGGGGCUUGCAAGACAGAGAAGGAGGUGUGCGGGAGCUGCUUGUUGGCAAGGAUGAUGAGCUUCUUCAGACAGAUAACCGAACUGUUACUAGGGCUGAUGUUGCUGAAGUCUGCAUUCAGGCGCUGCAGUUUGAGGAACUGAAAUUCAAGGCAUUUGAUUUGGGGUCUAAACCCGAGGGCAAGGGAACACCAACAAAGGACUUCAAGGCCCUUUUCGCACAAAUCAAUGCCCGUUUCUGACUUUGUGUCAAUUUAUCCACAAAUGGCAUGUUACAAAUGUACUGAACUCAAUUUGAAAAGGAUUAGCUCUGGGACUGUUUGUACUGAACAAUCCUAAAUACCAUCAAACAAUUGUCAUCAUUAUCAUUAUAAUAAUAUACUGUUUCCAUCAUUUGCAAUGGAGCCAAAGAUUCAUUAUUUUUUGGCUUGAGAUUAUGAUGGAAUAAAGCAAAAUGGCUCACUAAAUUGUAUGCGCUUCUUUGUUAUGAAGCAGCAGUCAGUCCAUGCAAUUUUGGACGGGAUUUUCACUAUGGGUCAUCCGGAAACAGUGUCUUUGUGCUUUAGUACAGGGAUAAGAUUGUGUACAUCCGACCCCCCCUUACCCACCGUAGGUGGGAGCCUUUGCGGCACUGGGGUAAAUGAAAAUGAAAUCAUUAUAAUAAUAUACAUGUGCUCUUUUG